CAUUUCCCAAACCCAGAAUCCCCACCCUCCCCUCCCCUCCCCUCCCCAUUACAGCCUCUGCCCGCCGCCUCUCUCCCUCACUUCUCACACUCACGGCGGCUGCACGCCUCACGCCUGAGAAGCCACCGGCGCCGCCGCAGCAACUGGUGCUCGCUGCAGCCUCACGCGAGCAGAGCAGCGGCAGCAGCAUCCCGUGGCCCUCAUCUCGCCGUUCUCCAGACAACUCCAGCCUCCCAGCAGCAGCCUCUCGUCGCCCUCAUCUCUUCGGUGUCUAGGGUCGCCGUCGGCCGUCACGCUCACCGCCUCCACGAAUCCAUCCUCCAGUUCACGAAUUAAGGUAAAAUCCUAGUUACUUAGGGCUCGAUUUGGCUGCAUAGAUGUUCUAUUUACCUAGGGCUCGAUUUGGCAGCAUAGAUGUUUUAUUUACCUAGGGCUCGAAAGAGCAGUGCCCUCUUUGAUUUGCAUUGAAUCGAGGUCUCCGGCCACCAUUUUAUAACGCGUCGCUCGACCUCCGCCCACCUCCGCCUCGACGUCCUUCUGCCCUGCCGUGAAGAUCUGCCUUCACCGGCCGAUCUGUACCAGCAGGAAUUCAGCCUCCGCCGCUGUCCUUCGCCAUCACACCUCCGCCGCCGUCUCUGCAGGGAAUCAGCCACCGGUUUGAGUUCUCUUUAGCCGUUCUCUGGAUUUGUUCGGUUUGAUUUCUUGCAAAUCAAAGAAGCAUAAAGGUUGAGAAUGUUUAUGUUCAUCUUGGAGAUUCUGACUGGAAGUUAACGGGAAAGCUCAUCCUUACAGCAGCAGGGGUUAGCAAAUAUUGUUCAAUGAUGAAAGAGCUCAGCUGUCAAAAUUGUGAAGCAUACUGAAUUUUAUUCAUAGCUUCAUGAAAUUCGAAUAGGGCUUCCUCGGAAUGAAGCUUGUGGAAUUGUUUUAUAAACUUCUUCAGUAUACGUUUUCUUUAUCUUUUUAAAUUCCUGAUUUUGAGUAUUAGGCAUAAAGUUAGACUUAAAGAUCACCACUCUAAACAUAUUUCCUUUUGUCACGUUUCUAACCGUGAAAAGUUGUCAAUGCAAGAUUUUGCUGAAAUCUGAAUAUUGGUGUUACAGACAUAUUUGCAGUCUACAACACUAAGAUUAGAGGAGAUGAGGGUGAAAAGACGAGAUGCAGAGCAAUGGAUGUCUCGCUGUCUUCUUCCAGAGAGUUUGAGGCAGCGGAUACAAAUAUACAAAUGGCAGGAAAUUAGAGGUGUCGAUGAAGAUAAUCUGAUUCCCAAGGACCUGAGAAGAGACAUAAAACAUCUCUGUUUAGCUUUUAUACUUGCAGGGUUCAUCGGGCCAAUGUAUGCCAAAGAGAUUCUUCAAAAAGAAAUGCUUUCUCAUGUUGGUGUUGGGGAGUACUGUGAGACAAAAUCAGCUACAUUGUUGCCUCUACACAAGGCGUACCCCGUCAUCCCUGCUGCAUCGGCCAAAGCUGGCAACGCAUCAGCUGAUGAGGCCUUGCUCUGCAAAUCUGGCACCUUAAAUCCACGGAAGGCGAAGGGGAAGUUUUGGUGUGCCUACGAGGGGACAACGUGAGAGUUGACAAGGGCGAGCAAGCUGCCUUGGCUGGUGCAGUAGGGAUGGUUUUAGCUAACAAUGAGGCUUCUGGUAAUAAAAUUCUUGCUGAUCCUCGUGUUCUCCCUGCAUCACACAUCAACUUUUUCGAUGGCCUCGCCCUUUUCUCUUCACACAUCAACUUUUCCGAUGGCCUCGCCCUUUUCUCCUACAUCAACUCAACGAGGUUCGAAUCAUGAAUCAUGAAUCAUGGAUCCUAUUGAAAGCUUUUUCUGACAUGGAGAAGUUCUUGCUUUCUUUGACCUUUCGAAAGCUUCUGGGAACUAUUAUGACUUGUGGAUUUUGAAUGUAGGAUUCUCUAUGAAAAAUACUAUUAUGGUGUAGCUUUUUAGAUGUUCAUUAUGGUGUUGGGAGAUGUUGUAAAACAAUGGAUCUUAUUUUGUGGAUGUUGGAUUAUUAGUUGUUAUCAAUGUUUAAAUGAGCAUUUUUAGUA